AUGGUGGAGACGAUGAGUUUCACGGAAUUCAUGGAACCUAUUGAUGUUUGUGUGGACAGUCGUGGAAGCUUCGGUGUUACAACGCCUACCGGCCCUUCACCCAUUACAUGUGUUUGCGUUGGUCUUAACGAUGAUAUUCUUGUUGGUACAUGCACUGCAUUGAUGCUCUACGAUGGUGGAGGGCGUUAUUUGCGUAAAAUCUCGUUGUCGCCACCAGGACAAAAUAAUCGAUUGAUGACACUGGCUUGCGCUAUAUGCCCGCAAACCGGAAAUAUUGUUUCAGCUGUUGUGGAUCCCCGAAAAAACCGCUCCUACCUCACUGUUAGCCAAUAUAAGGGUAAUUUCUUAUUUUCAUUGGAUAGCCAUGGAUCACGGCUGAAGCGUCCGUGCGGUGUUUGUAUAGCAACCACAUCAAAAUGGAACGGGAUGUGUUUUGUGGUUGAUUCAGCAACACAUUCCGUUAAAGCAUUUCAGUACAAAUAG